UAACUCUUUCAUCUUUGUCAUUUUGAUAUUAGAAAAACAAAGAGUUACCUAUAUAAACAUAAUAGAAAACAAUAUUUCUAUUUUGUAUAUAAACAUUGCCAAAAUAAAACGGUGUUUGUCUAUACUUUAACCAAGACUAAACGAACAAUGAGUCAUUGAUUAAUGCUCGAAAGAUUGUAAACAUUCACGAAUUAUCGAAAAUAAUAGUGACACACCAAGUCGAUUAAAAUGGAGAGAAGUGCAGAAAACAGAGGCAAUACUCAAGUGCAAGUAACUAUAAACAGACCUAUAACUAUCUUACACUUUAGCGAUGGAGUAGAGGAAGAAAUAGAAGAAGAAAAGGUGAAUGAUGUUCAAAAUGUUCCAAAAACUCAUGAAAAUGUAAAUCCAAAAACGUUGUCUUGGGGUCCUUGGUUUUCACACUAUGCGUCAAAAUCUGGUUACAAAGUUCUCAAUGCUGUGGAUUACGCAGGAGAAUCAUUAGCUAACUUCUUUGGUAUAACAACACCUAAAUAUCAGAUCGAAAUAAAUGAAUAUGAAAGAUUGCAAGAAGAAAAGAAGAGAAUAGAAGAUGAAUCUGCAGGUUGGGUGCCAAAAAAUGCAGGUGGUGAUAUACCUUUGGUUUUAAAUGAACCUCUAAAAGAAGCAAGGUUCAAUGAUUAUAGUUAGGUUUGUUAGAUUAAGGUAAAACCUAAUGGUUUAUUUUUAUAUUUCAGUAAUUUGUUAAUAAUGUUAUUCUAUUCCACAUUAAAGUUAAAAGUAAUUGAAAAUUUACCUAACUAUGUUGGAAGGUAAUUUUAAUCAUAAUUUUAAUUUAUUACCACCUAAAAAUAUUUUGUAUAUAAUGCACAUAAUUGUAAUAUUAUUUAUAUUAAAUGAGCAAAAUUGUGGGAGUAAAACUCAA